AACGUGGUGCUAGUGCCCAGGUCACGUGACGCCUAUUAUUCCGCCAUCUUGUCACCGAGGAGAGUAGGAACGCUGCGAGUGAGACGGCGAGAAACCUUCUUGUUCGCGAUCCGUGCAGUGAAUUUACGGAGAAAAGAAAAUGGCAGCAGAAACACAAACCCUUAACUUUGGGCCUGAAUGGCUUCGUGCAUUGUCAAGUGGUGGGAGUAUUACCUCCCCACCCCUCUCGCCAGCAUUGCCAAAGUAUAAGUUAGCAGAUUACCGUUACGGAAGAGAAGAAAUGCUAGCACUUUAUGUAAAGGAUCUCAAGAUUCCCGUGGAUCUAACUGAUAAGGAGUUUCUUCCUAUUUUACAAGAGGAGCCCCUACCACCUUUAGCACUUGUACCUUUUACAGAAGAAGAACAGAGAAAUUUUUCUAUGUCUGUAAAUAGUACAGCAGUACUAAGAUUAAUGGGACGAGGUGGAGGAACAGUGGUUGGGGCAUCAAGAGGUAGAAGUUCCUCAAGAGGUAGAGGUCGAGGGCGAGGUGAAAGUGGUUUUUACCAAAGAAGUUUUGACGAAGGUGAAGGGGGUUUUGGUCGAGGAGUUCGAGAAAUGCACAGAUCACAGAGUUGGGAGGAAAGUUUGCGUCAGUAUCUUCUUGAAUAAUUGCCAAGUGAGCUAUGUGCCAUACGUCUAUCCAGAAAUUCUAAAUUCAACAUCAUGGGUUUGUUGGAGCCCUUAAUUUAGACUCUCAAAUCAUACAACCCAGAUGGAGGGUAUUCGGCCUUGGCUGAUUGUUUGAAAGAGCAACC